AUGCGUCUUCCCUACGGCUAGAUUACGCUACCAUAUUCUAUGUUAUUUUUUGAACAUACCCGUUUUUCCCGGAGGAAUUUGAAUCGGCUUAAAAUCACAGAGAGGGAAAGACGACGUUGGCACUCCACAAUUGGCAUUUUAGAGAGAGAAAAAGACAGCGUUGUGUGACAAAGAAUCUCUCUCUCUCCACCAAAGUUGUUUUCCGGAGUUAGUCCUCCAUGGAUGAUGAUAAUGCAAACCCAAGUCCCAAAAAUCACAAGCUCAACAGUUUUAUCUCUCCCGUCUGAAACAAACAAGAAUCUCUAGCCAAUACACAACUAUCCUCUUUUACUUUCCCAGUUCUUUUUUCAACCAGAUUUUCUCGAGAAACUUGCUUGACUUUCCCGGAUAAUUGACCUGAAGCACAACAUGGAAACCUCAGCUGAGAAGAGUAAGAGGAACUCAGACGAGUUCGAAUUUUUCCCAGGAAUUUGUUCGAGUACCGAAUUGGUUACUGAUAGCAGCACCAGUUCAAGACAAUCGAGCUCUGAUUCUUCGGCGGACGAGGCCAAGGGCAAGGAGUGUUCUUCGCAGGAUCCUUUUGGCUGGCCUAUUCGCAAAUCCCGUGUGCGAAAAUGCCCGGCUUCCGAAGGCGAAAAGAAGACACAUUUGGAUGACGCGAAGGUGAAGAAAAUGGGUUCUGAAAUUUCAGAAGUUGACAUGAUGAAGGAGAGGUUUGCAAAAUUGUUGCUUGGUGAAGACAUGUCAGGGAGUGGCCAAGGCGUUUCCACUGCACUGGCCAUUUCAAAUGCCAUCACUAAUCUAUGUGCUACUGUAUUCGGGCAACUUUGGAGAUUGGAACCUUUGCCCUCCGAAAAAAAAUCUUUGUGGCGAAGAGAGAUGGAAUGGCUUGUUUGCGUUACCAACCACAUUGUUGAGUUAAGACCUUCUUGGCAAACAUUUCCUGAUGGAAGAAAGCUUGAGGUCAUGACCUGCAGGCCGCGGUCAGAUAUUUUCAUCAAUCUCCCAGCUCUCCGUAAACUAGACAACAUGCUCCUUGAGAUACUAGAUAGUUUUAGCAAAACGGAGUUUUGGUACAUCGAUCAAGGGAUUGUAGCUCCAGAUGCAGAUGGCUCAGCCUCGUUUAGGAAGCCCAUUCAGCGGCACAAGGAGAAAUGGUGGCUUCCGGUGCCACGAGUCCCUCAUGGAGGCCUCCCUGACUGCACGAGGAAGCAGUUAAAUCACAAGCGCGAAUGUGCAAGUCAAAUACUCAAAGCUGCUAUGGCUAUCAACGAUAUGGCUUUAGCUGAAAUGGAAGUCCCAGAAUCAUACUUGGAAUCACUUCCAAAGAAUGGGAGAGCUUGUUUAGGGGACUUUACAUACCGAUACAUCACUUCAGAUCAGUUUUCCUCAGAGUGCUUGCUUGAUUGCCUUGACCUUUCUACGGAACAUAUUGCUCUGGAGAUCGCAGACCGUGUGGAGGCAUCCAUAUACAUUUGGCGUAGACGACUGCACUCAAAACUCAUCAGUAACACAAGCCGCUCUGCUGCAAAAUCUUCUUGGGAGAUGGUGAAGGAACUAAUGGUUGAUGGAGAUAAGAGGGGAUUGGUUGUAGCAAGAGCUGAAAACCUCCUCCUUUGCCUGAAACAGCGGUUCCCUGGUCUAACACAGACUACUUUGGAUACUAGCAAGAUUCAGUGCAACAAGGAUGUUGGUAAAUCAAUUCUGGAGAGCUACUCAAGAGUCUUGGAAAGCUUGGCAUUUAACAUUGUGGCACGUAUCGAUGACCUCUUAUACGUAGAUGACCUAACAAGGCAUUCUCAUAGGCUUGCUACAGCCAACAUGAUUGCUCACAAGAGAAUUCCAGUCCCAUACUCAGUGUCCAUCUCGGCCACUCCUCGUAAAACUGCUUUUACCACAUCCAAGUUCUUGCCUGCACUAUCACUGGUUAGCCCUGCCAGGGGGGAGAGAACUCCGUCCCUGAGUGGCAAUAGCAACAAGCCUCCCCGUCGUGGUUUUGGGGUGAAAAGAGCACUGACAAAUUAUCUUGGUGGUGAAGUUAAGUCAAGAACUGUGGAAAUCCAACAGCAGGGUUAGGCUCAGUUCCAAACGGAAGUGUUCAUGAAUUGCCUGCUUCUUAAAAUGGCACGUUGUGGAGAGAGAGAGAGAGAGAGAGAGAGAGAGAGAGAGAGAGAGAGAGAGAGAGAGAGAGAGAGAGAGAUUAUCAUAGAUAAGUUCUUUCUGGUAAUUGACAAUGAUCUAUGUUACUCCUACUACUUAGGAAUUGAGCACAGUUUGUUUAUUUC